AUGCCGUUCAGCAGCCGGAAGAGGCAUCCCACCAUGCCUGUGCCCCUCCGUGCCCCCACGGGAGGAGAGUACGUGGAGGGGGUGAGCGACCAGGACGUCCUGCUCAUCCACUCCUGCCGCCAGUGGACCACGGUGACGGCGCACAGCCUGGAGGAGGGACACUACGUCAUCGGGCCCAAGAUCGACAUCCCGCUCCAGUACCCAGGGAAGUUCAAGCUGCUGGACCAGGACCGGGACGUGCGGGAGCCCGUGCAGUAUUUCAACAGCGUGGAGGAGGUGGCCAGCACCUUCCCAGACCGCGUCUUCGUCAUGGAGGCCAUCACCUUCAGCGUGAAGGUGGUGUCAGGGGAGUUCAGUGAGGACAGCGAGGUGUACAACUUCACGCUGCAUGCGGGGGAUGAGCUGACGCUGAUGGGCCAGGCCGAGAUCCUGUGCGCCAAGGCGGGCAAGGAGAAGUGGCGCUUCAACAGCCUGCUGCGCAAGCUGGGCCGGGCGGUGCCGGCCACGGGCCGGGCGGCCAAGGGCAAGAUGCCGUGCCUGAUCUGCGUGAACCACCGCACCAACGAGAGCCUCAGCCUGCCCUUCCAGUGCAAGGGGCGGUUCAGCACGCGCAGCCCGCUGGAGCUGCAGAUGCAGGAGGGCGAGCACACCAUCCGCAGCAUCAUCGAGAAGGUGCGGCUGCCCGUCAACGUGGCCGUGCCCAGCCGCCCGCCCCGCAACCCCUACGACCUGCACGCCAUGCGCGAGGGCCACUGCUACAAGCUGGUCAGCAUCAUCUCCAAGACCGUGGUGCUGUGCUGCAUCCUGCGCCGCGAGGCCGUGGCCCCCUUCCACUUCUUGCUGCUGGCCGACAUGCCCCGGUUCCUGCUGCCUGAGGCCGGCGGGGGCGACCCCCAGCUAGACAAGCUGCUGCGGGACAGCGCCGCGCUGUGCCAGGAGCGCUUCGACCCCGACGAGUACUCCAAGGCCGUGCGCGAGGCCCGGCCCGACUUCUCCGAGGAGUGCGCCAGCCCACGGCGCCUCCGCCUCUGCCUGCAGGGCUACGGCCAGCCGGACCUCGGGCCGCCCCUGCAGCGCCUCUCGCUCUGCCUCUACGGCGGCGCCUUGCUCCACAGCCCCGACAGCCCCGAGCCCCUGGGGCCGCCCCACUCGCUUCUCCUGUCCCGCCGCGAGCCCCCCGGCUUGGCCGAACCGCUGGAUGCGGAGCGGGAGUACGUGACGCCCGACUGGGCCGAGCCCGACUUCCGGACGCCGGAGCCGCUGGAGAUCCCCUACGAGGAGCUCUGGGCCAACCAGGCGCCCGAGAGCUACGCGGAGCCCAGCGCCAACCUGCCGGGGCUGGGCUGUGCCGGGCUGGGCCCGCGGGACCUCAUCUCCUUCGGGGCCGGGUCCCCGCUGGCCUCGCCUCGCCGCCCCCGCGUGCCUGGGGACGCGCCCCCCCCCGUGCCGCCCAAGUCAGAAGCGGUGAAGGAGGAGUGCCGCCUGCUCAACGCGCCGCCCGUGCCACCCCGGGGCGGCCGCCUGCACGCUGCCCCCAGCCCGCCCGUGCCCCUGCGCUUCCCCAAGCUCCCGCCUGCCCAGUCGCCCAGCCCCAGCCUCUCCUACUACUCCUCCGGGCUGCACGACGUGUCGGGCCCACGGAGCGGGAGCUGCUCCCCCUCGCCGGACUCCUACUCCCUGUACUGCUACCCCUGCACCUGGGGCGACUGCAAGGCCGGGGACUCGUCGGGCCGGCCGCUGCCGGGGGCCCUGCCGCCAGCGGCCCCCACCUCGUGGUCGGACCCCUGGGCCUAUGCGGACGCGGGCCCCAGCGUGGCCAGCGGGCGCUCCACGCCCCUGCUGGGGGGCGAGGCCGGGCUCAAGACCUACCACAGCUGCCCCCGCCUCAAGCCGCCCCAUGGGCAGAAACGCUUUGCCCCCUUUGGAGCUCUCAACCCCUUCUCCAACCCGGCCUAUUCGCCCAGCCCCUCUGCCUCCUCUGCCGACUGGCUGGACACCCUGGAGUGGCAGAAGCCGCCCGCGGCUGCCUCCCCGGAGACCUUCACCUCCUUCGAGGCCGGUCCCAGCAGCUCCCCGGAGCCGGAGCCACGCUAUGGAGCCGGGGGGUCCGGCCCGGCGCCCCCGCCGCGGCCGCCCAAGGACUUUGAGGCAGAGAACAUCGUGAUUCGCAGCACGGCGCCGCUGUCGCCCACCAUCGUGCGGGGCGCCGAGGGCGGUGUCACGCGUGUCUACCUCACGCAGGGCGUCAUUGAGGACGUGGUGAGCUUCUUCUCGCGGGGGCGCAUCGACGGCAGCAUCUUCGUGCAGCUCACUGAGGAGAUCCUGGCCGAUGACUUCAAGCUCACCAAGCUCCAGGUCAAGAAGAUCAUGCAGUUUAUCAAGGGCUGGCGGCCCAAGAUCUAGCCGGACGCCGGGGUCCCCUGUCAGUCAGUUGGGGCCCCUAGGGAUGGACCGGACCCGUGAGCCUCUGGGCUGCGCCGUGGGCAAGGGGUCAGGGGGGUAUUAGACCCCCUCCACCUACAGCGGUGGCCCCACGCCUGGUGUUCCCUGCUCGAGUGGGAUGCCAUGUGCACGGGGCUCAGAUCAUGUGGGGGACAGGAUGCUCCUGCAUCAGCUGCAGGGUGCCAGCUGCUCCCUGCCUGUCCUCAAUUUGGGGAAGGGGAUUCUGGUUUAAUGCCUUGUUGCCCUAGUCAAGGCAGGGGGAACUCCUCCUCCAUCCUGCUGGGGUGGUGCUGCCAUGCCGUUUGCCUUCCUUCACAUUGCGCCCUCCUCCUUCCUGGUUAGCAUCUCUCUCUCCUCUCCAGGCCCCCCUCUAAAGCUGCCUGUGAACCUGGGCCUGGCAGGGG